GUAUUUGUUAGAGUGUUAUGGUAAUAUUUGAAAUCGUAGGUGUUUGUGUUUUUCCAAUAUAGAUAUUCAUAAUGUCAGUUUUUAGACUUUGUUAUGAACAACCAAUGGAGGGAGAUGUGUAUCCAGUACGAAUACUGUUGUGUAUCAGUCUACAAAGGAAAAUGAUGUAGAACUGAACAAUGAAAGAGCAGCUAUUUUGAUUAUUGUAAUUGCUUGUCUUUUUUUCCAAGUAGAAAUGCCAAACAGUUACCGGUUCCAGGGACUCAAAUGCUCCAUGUUCGGUGCAGUCCUGCUGGUGCUUGGCUGCCUGCUGCAGAGGAAUCUAGUGACCACAGAGGGGCAUCGUGGGACCAACCGCCACGUCUUCUAUGCCGUGCAAAUGGACGGAGGCACCGGAGCCGCCAGAGCUCUGGCCAAGCAGCACAGACUGGAGUUCAUACAACGGGUUGGCAGCCUGGAGGACGUGUACACCCUCAGAGACAGCAGGGGGCGCCCUGACAGAUCCACCUUUGAGAGCAGACUUUCUACAGCAGUGGGGGUGCAGCAGGUGCAGAGGCAGCACGCUCAUUAUAGAAACAAGCGGGUUCCUUUGACAGGACUGGACCUCAGAACCACUCACAGUUCCCAGAGGAGAGAGUCUGCAUCUGACAGGCAGCCUGAGGAGAGUAAGAGUGACCAGUCCCUCACCUUCAAUGACCCGCUCUGGCCCAUGCAGUGGGAACUGUUUGCACAGGGCGAGUACAACAGUGGGUUUGACCUGAAUGUGAUGCCGGUUUGGAUCAACAACAUCACCGGUGAUGGAGUAGUGGUCAGCAUCAUUGAUGAUGGUGUUGAUCACACAAACAAGGACCUGGAGAAAAACUUUGAGGCCCUCGCCAGUUUUGACCUGCUUGCUUCACACGGCCUGUCACAUGAUCCCAUGCCAGUUAGAGACAAGGAUAAUAGUCACGGUACCCGAUGUGCAGGGGAAGUUGCCAUGGAGGCCAACAACUCCUACUGCGGUGUGGGCAUCGCCUUCAAUGCCAGGAUCGGAGGUAUCCGCUUGUUGUACGGCCCUGUCACCGAUGCCAUGGAGGCCACAGCUCUGACCUUCAACAUCCACUUCAUCGACAUCUACGUCUGCAGCUGGGGCCCGCGAGACGACGGGGCCACAAUGGACGGGCCGCACAGCCUGACAGCGCGCGCCCUUCGGCUAGGAGCCCACAAGGGACGAGGUGGAAAGGGCAGCAUCUUUGUGUGGGCGGCAGGUAAUGGCGGAAUGCACCGCGACCACUGCGGUGCAGACGGCUACGUCAACUCCAUCUACAACAUCGCCAUCGGCGCCGUCUCUCAAACAGGGAGGCCCGCCUCCUUCGGCGAGCCCUGCCCCGGUGUGAUGGCCGUCACUCUGACAGAGUCCGGCGUGGGAGGCUCACUACCUCUGGUCACUGUGACCAACAUCGACGACGGCUGUGUCACACACUUUCCAGGAACAUCCAGUGCUGGUCCGAUCGCUGCAGGGAUCCUGGCUCUUACGUUAGAAGUGAAUCCUGAGCUGACGUGGAGGGAUGCUCAGCAUCUGAUCGCAGCGACGGCAAAGAUCCCCGACCCCAAAGAGACUGGCUGGACCAUCAACGCGGCAGGAUACCAUGUUCACCAUAGGUAUGGUUUCGGAUUGUUGGAUGCAGGGCUGAUGGUGCAGCAGGCUGUGCACUUCAACGCUGUUGCUCCACAGAGGAAGUGCAUGCAAGAAUGCACACUCCAUCCUACCCGGAUCCUUUCUCCAGGAGGCGGGGUCAGUGUAAACAUUCAAUCAGACGCCUGCCUUGGGAGCACUAAUGAGAUCAACACUCUGGAGCACGUUCAGGUGAGAGUGAGCAUCAACACCGUGUGUCGCGGUGACCUCUCCAUCAGCCUGGAGUCUCCAGCUGGCACCGUAUCACUGCUGUUGGAUACACGGCCCAAUGACGCCUCCACUGCUGGCCUGAAAAACUGGACCCUGAUGACGGUGCACUGCUGGGGGGAGCAGCCACGAGGCCUCUGGACCCUCCAGGUGAGAUGAGAGUACUGUCAGAUACGCUGCUUUUUAUAUGUAGUUUUUCAUCUUUAGCCACACUAGCAGUGCUAAUUAGCAUGCUAAACUAAGAUGGUGAACAUGGUAAUUAUUAUAUUUCAUUUUUAUAAGAAAUAGUUACC